UUUUGUCUUUAUCAAUCGACAACCAUUUCUCUCUAUUUUCUUCUCCUCUCCUCUCCGAUCCAUUUUCACGUCUCUGCUUUUAUUUACAGUUUUCUACAAAAAUAUCCUAAAAAAAGGAAAAUUAAAACUCCCCAAUAUCCAGCUUCAUUACACCUUGUGGUUGUUCUUCCAUGAAACGAAAUUAUGAAUCUUUCUCCAUCUAAUCAUGGACUCCAAUCUCAACUCCUCUUCUCACAAGGAUUAUUACAAGAUCUUACAAGUAGAUUAUGAUGCAACCGACGACAAAAUCCGAUUGAAUUACCGCAAGCUCGCUUUGAAGUGGCAUCCUGACAAACACAAGGGUGAUGUUGCUGCCACCGCUAUAUUUCAAGAAAUUAAUGAAGCUUAUUCUGUGUUGAGUGAUCCGGAUGAGAGACUCGAGUAUGAUUUGAAUGGAAACUAUGAGAUUGACAAGUACAGCCUACGGCCUCUCCCUUUCCAGGAGUAUUUAUCGAGAUUCAAAGGAAUGAUACUCACCUGCAGGUCUUGGCAUCAGCCAAACAUCAAAAUGGUCACAGCCACUUGUUGAACUUAAUGAUUCAAAAGAAAAUUGAGGUUUGGAGGGGAGACAUUUUAUAUCUACACCAUUCUCCAUCUCAAUAUUCUUUUGAUGAGACAAAUAUUUGUAUCAUAUUGUUAAGAAAAGCAAUGCAGAAAAGUUGAUGAAAACGCCAUUCCGGCUAGUUAUGCUGGCCUAUUCUUCUUGUAUUUCUUCAUAUGCUGUUGUUGUCUGUUAUCGAAGAACAGGUCUAAGCAAACGAACAAUAGGUUGAACUAUCUGUGCAAAAUUAACUAAACGACUAUAUAGUGGUUAUGCAAUUUUUGUUAUUUCGCUGGUUGAA